CAAUUUUUCACAUUCACACAAAUUGCAAACACAACAAGGCACGGAGAUUUAAACAAAUUAAUUGUAUAUAAAAACGCAAGCCCAGCGAUGCAGAACAUAGCGGACGAGGAGGGCGCGACGCCCAGUCGCGCGGCAGGGGGCGUGGCCAAAGACGGAGACGAUGGGGGCGGAGGAAGUAGAAGCGGAGGUGGUGGCAACAACACAAACAACAACGCUAGCGGCAUCAUUGUUUUGAGAGCUGCGCUGGGAGAGAACGAGACGAGCGCGGUAAUCAAUAAAUGGCGGGUUCGCGAGGGACAGUUCGUGUCGGCGGCCCAAAUCCUGUUUCUCUACACGCCGGUGGGCGCGGACGGGAAACCAGGUGGCGGAUCUGGAAAAGCUGACUCCUCCAUCCAGAAGUACAAGUCCCAGCGCGCCGGGGUGGUGAAGAAGCGGCUCCGCAAGGACGGGGAGCUGCUCUCCAAGGGGGAUGCCAUUCUGGUGUUGUCCGAGUGCAUACACACCACGGUAAUCAAGGACAUGUGCGCGGACUGCGGAGCCGACUUGCGUCAGAACGAGAAUGGACAAACAUCGGAGGCCUCGGUGCCCAUGGUGCACACCAUGCCCGAUCUUAAAGUUACCCAGAAGCUGGCCCAGAAGCUCGGACACGACGACACCCGACGACUGCUGGCCGACAGGAAGCUGGUGCUACUCGUCGAUCUUGACCAGACAGUGAUCCACACCACCAACGACACGGUGCCGGACAACAUAAAGGGCAUCUACCACUUCCAGCUAUACGGCCCACAUUCCCCGUGGUAUCACACGCGCCUGCGCCCCGGCACCGCCGAGUUCCUGGAGCGCAUGUCCCAGCUGUACGAGCUGCACAUCUGCACCUUUGGUGCGCGCAACUACGCGCACAUGAUUGCCCAGCUCCUGGACCCCGAGGGCAAGUUCUUUUCGCACAGGAUACUGUCCAGAGAUGAGUGCUUCAAUGCCACCAGCAAGACGGACAACUUGAAAGCUCUCUUUCCGAAUGGCGAUUCCAUGGUGUGCAUCAUCGACGAUCGGGAGGAUGUGUGGAACAUGGCCUCCAACUUGAUCCAGGUUAAGCCCUAUCACUUCUUUCAGCACACGGGUGACAUUAAUGCCCCGCCGGGUUUGUCUAAGCAUGAACUGGAUGGCGAAGGCGUUGAUUUCAAAGAGAUUACCGAGAAGAAGGAGGACAAAGACAAGACGGAGUCCAGCAGCGAAGUGAAACCAGAAGACCCUGAUAAGGGCGACAACACAGUCUCAAGCACAAGCAAAGACGAUGAGGGGAAUGAGGAAUCAGUUGACGUAUUCGAACUGGAGAGUGACGCCAAGGAUCCUGAGAUUUCCGAUUCCUCGAUACCCGCAGAGGCACCCAAGGAGCCGCCAAGUGACAAAUUAAAUGGCAAGACUGUAUCAGAGGAAAUCAUGGUCAUAGACGAUAGUUCAUCUGGCUCACCAGAUGCUGAGAAAGCGGCCAGCGAUGGCGAGGACGUAGUUGUUAUUGAUGAUAAUUCCAAGGAGAGCACAAAAGCCGAGGUGGUGGAUGUCACACCGGCAGAAAAGAACGAGGUGGUGCCUUCAUCCACUACUUCGCCGGAGGAGAAAAGCCCGACAAACGAUGAGGACGUGGCCACCACGUCAAAAAGCACACCCAACCUUCGAGUGCCUCUCGAAGGGCAGAAACAGAUAGAGAUUGAGGAUCCCGACGAUUACCUGCUUUAUCUGGAGGUCAUACUGCGCAACAUUCACAAGCGAUUCUAUGCCAUCUACGACGAGACCACGGAGAUACCCGAUCUAAAGGUCAUCGUGCCGAAGAUUCGGUGUGAAGUGCUGCGCGGCAAGAACCUGGUGUUCUCCGGCCUGGUGCCCACGCAGAUGAAGCUGGAGCAAUCACGGGCAUACUUCAUCGCCAAGAGUCUGGGCGCAGAUGUGCAGCCGAACAUUGGCAAGGGGAUCACGCAUCUGGUGGCGGUUAAUGCGGGCACCUACAAGGUAAAUGCCGCGAAGAAGGAGGCCACCAUCAAGGUGGUCAAUGCAAACUGGUUGUGGACCUGCGCCGAGCGCUGGGAGCAUGUGGAGGAGAAGCUCUUCCCAUUGGACCGCAAGGUGCGCAACAAAGGCCGCCAGCCACCCGCCCAUUGCCACAGUCCCGAGCACGUGGUCAACUACAGCGAACGCUCAGAGAUCUCACCGUCGAGCAGCAAACAGCAGGAGGAGCAGAGCGGCAACUUCCGCGAAACGCUCAAUCCGCUGCUGGUCUUUACCAACGCGGACAUCGAGUCGAUGAACAAGGACUACGAGACAUUCUUCGAGUCGGACUCGUCAAGUGACGAGGGGCCCGUAAACUUUGAAAACCCACCAAUGGACAAGAAGCUGCUUAAGAGAAAGCGCGAGGAUGAUAAUUCCAAUAGAGCCCACGACUUCUUCACGCGCAGCGAGGACGUGAUGAUCGGAGCGCCGAACGUCAUUGAGUUUGACAUAAGCUCAAACGAAGAGGGUGAUGACAAUAAUGAGAAGGAGGAUGAUGACGAUGAGAUGCCCAGCGCGAAGUUUCGACGAGGGGAGGAUCUGCCUUCCGACCUGGAGAUUGGCUCCGACUCGAACAGCGAGAAAGACCCGGAGGACGAGGACGACGGCGAAUGGAACAUGAUGGGCGCCGCCCUGGAGAGAGAGUUCCUCGGCCUGGAAGACUUUGACAUUUAGAAAUUCCGCAACAUCUUCGAACACCAGACAGGAGCCUGAGUCCCCGCAUUGGAGGCCUGCUGCCCGGCCACUCAAGACAUUUUAGUUUCACUGUAGACCAUGGAGGAACGCAAUGGGAUGGGUUUCGUGCUAGAGUGGAGCAUCCGGGUACAUUUAUGCUUAGGGUCCGCACUGUAUGUAUUAGCUGUUAAUAUGUACUUUUAAAGUAGCCAGUAAGAGAUCGCACAUCGGCGGGCGCCUCGGUCCUUUAGUCGCAGUGAAUUUUUGAAUCAAAAACUCUCAAUCUGAUCUAAUGUAAAUUGAAGCCUACUGUACAUGUUUUAAAAAUAAAUUCCGUUUCAGCGGA